CAUAUGCACAUACAUAUAAUUUUUAGUAAACCAUUUCCGCACACUUUCAAAACAAUUGUUUUGAUAUUUUCUAAAGAACGUAGAUACACGAGAUAAGCUAUUUCACUUUGUUUACAAAUUUGGCGGCUAAAUUUUCACUCGAUCAGCUGCAAACAAAAGUAAAUAGCGUUCUUAUCGAAGUAGUAAUGGAGCCUUGUAUUAUAGAAUUUAUUGGCGAGAAAUCCAUAAUUGGUAUUGUGCCUAAUUUCUCCUUUGAUCCACUGCAUUUAAUAUCGGGUAGUGUGGGACCAUUUCGUGCGGGUCUUCCCGUCCAUGUGCCGCUAUGGCUUGGUAUACAUUUGCGUAAGCAACAAAAAUGCCGCAUUGUGCCUCCCGAAUGGAUGGAAAUAGAACUAUUGGAAGAGAUCAAAGAGGCAGAAAAGAAAUCAAAAUUCUUUACAAAGAUGCCCAGUGAGCAUUACAUGGUGGAAGCACAACUGAUCAUGAGUACUGCACCAGACGAUGUGCCAAAAUGUGAAGAGUUGCGUACAAUUAUCAAAGAUAUUUUUGAUAUUCGUGAAGCAAAAUUGCGAACUUCCAUCGACGCAUUCAUCAAAGGCGAGGGAACAUAUGCUAAAUUGGAUAAUUUAACGCUGUUAGAGAUGCAUACAGUGCGUCCAAUAUUGCCUCAUUCACUAGAUCAUAUUGCGCGUUAUCAACGCACGGCUAUGGCUACGCAACGUGAUACUUCUUCACUAGGAUUGAGUAAUUCAAUGAAUACGAGUCAUUUUUCUCAAUAAAGUAAAUAAAUAAGUAAAAGUUUGAUUUUUCAUAAUUUCCAUUUCGGUUUGCCUUUUGUUGCCGUUUUAAUCAGAGAUAUUCCUGUUUUAACUUCUAAACGGUAUGGCAUCCACACUUAACUGUUCAAUCAGCUGUUUGUUACACCUUUGAUGACGUUUUGCGUAAAUGCAAUUUUCGCUUAACAAACAGCAGUGACAUCAAUUUUUAAUAAAA